UGGAUGUGUUUUGUUGCUUAGUAACUCGGUCCGGAAAAGGAAGAGCCUUUGACUUUAGGUUUGCCUUUGCCUUUGCUUUUGUGUUGGCAAAUUAAGUUAACCAAAAAGUUGUUUUGUUAAAUUGUGUUUUAUUUUGAUUGUUUUAGUAAUUAUCUGGAACUAUGAGUUCCCUUCGACUUCAAAAGAGACUCGCAGCUAAGGUUCUCAAGUGUGGUCUUGGCAAAGUCUGGUUGGAUCCAAAUGAGUCAAGUGAAUUGGGAAAUGCUAAUUCAAGAGCUCACAUUCGUAAAUUAAUUAAAGAUGGUUUAAUUAUCAAAAAGCCAGUUGCCGUUCAUUCUAGAGCCCGAUGUCGAGCUAACACAGAAGCCAGAAGGAAGGGUCGACACACUGGACCAGGUAAAAGGAAGGGUACAGCUAAUGCUCGUAUGCCAGCAAAGGUUUUAUGGAUACGACGUAUGAGAGUUCUUAGACGAUUAUUGAAAAAGUAUCGAACUAAUAAGAAAAUAGAUUCACAUCUUUAUCAUACAUUGUACCGUAAAUCAAAGGGUAAUGUUUUCAAGAACAAGCGUGUUUUGAUGGAGACCAUCCACAAGAUGAAGGCUGAGAAAUUACGAAGCAAGCAACUUUCCGAUGCUGCUGAAGCAAGGAGACAACGUGCUAAGGAAGCUAGAAGGAGACGUGAAGAGAGGAUUCAACAAAAGAAACAAGAAGCUUAUUCUCAGUAAUCUUGUGAAUAUCGUAAUAAAGAAUAAUUAACCGGUA